CACGCCCGGAUGCGUUGAGACUUCCUUUUUUCUCUUGGAUAUUCUGCCCCUCCGUCAUCCAGCUUUAGCCCGAACGCCAGCCGCAGCAGCGCAAGCACGCGCGGCCAACCUUCAUUCAUCUCUAGCGAUCCUCCGACGCCGCGUUUCUGCCCUGAGGAUUCUUUAUAACGUUACAAAAAGUACUAGUAGAGCAUCACAACCUCUCCCAGCCAGACGCCCAUCAUGAAGAUGCUGUCGCCCGGCUUUCCGAUGCGGCGGUCGUCCGGCCUGGUGCGGUACGGCGUCUUGGCGGCCAUUCUGCUACUGGCCUUGUACACCUUCAGCCACAGCUCAUCAGAUAUCACUCGUCUACCGCCUUUACCAGCAGGCCAGGCCGCGCCAGGAAGACCAUUGCAACCCCCCAAUUCAAAUCCCGCUGGCAACGAGGCUCCUGUCAUCCCAGGAGGCGCAAAGGCACCCGUCGCGACGGCGCCAGCGUCAGAGGGAACCACCAAGCCAGACUCUGAUAACCAGGAGCCUAUCCACAACUCUCUUCCUCCGCUCGGCCCUCCACCCACCGCCGGCGGCCACCCCAUUGACAAGCUCGUAUACGAUGCCCAGAUGACGUUUGCCGAGUUGACUUCGAAGGAAUCCAAAACGGUGGAAGAGGCUGCUCAGGCCUAUCGCAAGCGCCGUGGCCGCCACCCUCCACCCGGCUUCGACAAGUGGUUCGAGUUUGCUCGCUCCAAGAAUGCAGUCAUUGUUGAGGAUUUCUUCGACCGCAUCUACCAGGACCUCCAGCCCUUCUGGGGUCUUGACCCGGCUGUCAUCCGUAAAGAGGCGUGGGACUUUGAAAUGACAAUCAAUAUCCGCGACGGCAACGCCACUGCGCGAAGUGACUUCUUCUGGACCAAAAUUUGGCUCAAGAUGAUCAAGACAAUCGACCACUUGCUGCCAGAUAUGGACAUUGCACUCAACGCCAUGGACGAGCCCAGGCUGGUUGUCCCGUGGGAGGAAAUGGCCGGUUACAUGAAGAAUGCAUCUAAGACGAUCAAGAUGCCCAAGUCCAAGAACGUCAUCAGCGAGUUCCAGAAGCUGCCUCGCCCCGGUACCGGCGACGUCGAGGUCAAGACGCGCUCCAAGAACUGGGAAAAAACAAAGCCUUACUGGGCCAUUGCUCGACGCGGCUGCCCUCCUGACAGCCUGGCUCGAGUGGAAGAUCUGAGGAAAACCGCAGAUAAAACGCCCGCCAUUAACUCGUCAUAUGCCGAACCCCACAUGUACAAGGGCUUCGUCUCCAACUUUUCAAUGUCCACCGAAAUUUGCCAUCAGCCUGACCUGCAAGCCUUGGAGGGCAUUUUCAUCGAGCCGAUUUCUACUUCUGCAUCCAAGGUCUUGUUUCCCAUGUUUGGUGGCUCCAAAUUGGGAGUCAACAACGAGAUUUUACUACCUGCACCCAUGUAUUGGAACGAGGAGGAGCGCUUCACUGGUGGUGAUAACCACGGCGUUUCCUGGGAGGAGAAGGAGAACAAGGCCAUUUGGCGCGGUGUCGCGACCGGAGGUCAGAAUACCGUGCACAAUUGGCGAGGGUUCCAACGCCACAGAUUUGUCGCCAUGAACAAUGGCACCACAGUUUCGCGAGUGGAACAUGGAGAAAAGGCCGAUAACUUUGCACUACCGGGCGAGGAAUACAACCUACAAGCUCAAAAAGAUGGCAAGCUGGGCGAGUGGAUCGACCAAUGGGCUAACAUCAGUUUCACGGAUCUCAGCUGCACUCCCCCGCAAAACGGAAAGUGCAACUACACGAGCCAUUAUUUCAAGCCAACUAAGGGAAUGAAGAUGGCAGAACAGUUCGAUUCCAAGUACAUCCCGGACAUUGAUGGAAACUCCUUCUCUGGCCGUUACCUUGGCUUCUUGCGAUCCACCUCCCUCCCUAUCAAGGCCACCGUCUGGCAUGAGUGGCAUGAUAGCCGCCUGGUUGCGUGGAAGCACUUUGUCCCCAUGGAUAGCCGUUUCAUCGAUUACUACGGCAUCAUGGAGUACUUCCUCGGAUACGAGGGACGCAACGGCCACGACCACGUGGCGGAGAAGAUAGCCACCGAGGGCAAGGAGUGGGCCGAUAUGGUGCUGCGCAAAGAAGACAUGCAGAUCUAUGUAUUGCGGCUGCUGUAUGAAUAUGCUCGAUUACUCGACGAUAAGAGAGAGAGUCUGGGAUGGGUGGACGAUGUCCUGAAAAACCCGUCACUGGAGAAGACAUGGAACUGGUGGUGGUAAUGACUCUUUUUCUUCCUUCUUAUUUCUUCUCCGCCCUCCCCCUCUUCUCCUCCCCACCAUUUGGUUUUCUUUCAUUUACUUUUUUCUCGCAAUAAUCGAGUGUGACGAUGCAUGAGUUGGAACAGUUUGGGACUUGGAUAGGCCUGCGGCGUUUGGCGUGGAAGUCGUUUUACGCUUCUCCAUAUCGGCAAGUAAAUUACGGUGAAGGUCUGUUUGUAACGAAAACUGGCGGACGACAGGCGAUUUGAAAAUUGAUACCUGGUUAAGAGAGUGGCAGGACUUGGGGAAUUAUGUUGCACUACCAAUCCAGCAUGGCUUUUUUAACUGGCAUGAUGUUAUUUUUGUUUUCUUAUUCUCUUAUUGUUCUCUUCUUCUUCACGCCAUUUUGAUAAUACCAUUUUUUUUUCCGCCUGAAAAUACUGAGCCACUGUGAUGACGGGG